UCCUUUUUUUGGGGUGGGGUUGCUUCCGAAAAGAAAGAAAGUGCAUUGUGCUGUCGAAAAUGCAAUCAAAACCAGGAACAGUGAUUCGUAGAAUGGCGAGAUUGAAUUGGACAAUGCUGUUGGUGCUGCUGGUGGUUUUCACUUUCGCUACGGUUCGGUGCGAGUUCCAGUUUACCGUGACGCCCCAGAACCGGCAGGUGUUUGAAGGUGAACCGGUCACAUUCGAGUGUCGGGCACUAUUUGACGAUGAGAUCGAUUUUUCGUGGACGAGAAACGGUGUCCCUGUUCCGGUACACGAGCGGUUAAAUUUCGGUACACCGCAGCGCAUUUACCAGAGCGGUUCCAAUCUCCAUAUCCGGACGGUCAACGGGACGCUGGAUCAAGGCGACUACGUGUGUUUGGCGACGGCACGAGCCUCCGGAGCCCGUGUCGCAUCACCCGCUGCUACCUUGAACGUUAUCGGAAUUUCACCACCGGUCGUUCAGCUGCUCAAGCACGAUCCGGAUCGUGGAAGCAUUUCACUCAAAUGUCACUCGAGCCAGGAAGCCAUCACCGAAGUCCCCGGCAGCGAUGGCAAACCGUCUGAAGAGACUCACGUCGAAUGGUACAGGAAUGAGAUAAAGCUUACGAAAUCAUCCCACAUCGAGCUGCAGCGCCGGAAGCUGCACAUAAAAAACGCAUCAGCGAAGGAUAAUGGCGUGUACAGCUGUUUGCUGGUGGUGGUGUCCCGCACCGAUGGUAGUCGGCGGAUUGCGUUACGUAGUACAAAGAACUAUCGGCUCAAGCUGAAACCAGGAACCAAUUAUGGCGAGGGUAAAAUCGAUUGUACCAAGAACCACAAUUUGCUACUGUGCCGCGGUAAGCGGGGCGACCGUCAGUUGGGUUCGUUGGCCGACGGUAGCACAGACCGUCCACUAUUACCGAUGAGCGAUGAAGCGAUGGUUCCGGCCCAGCUACAACUAGCCACCGAACGGCAAUCGUUUUCUGCCGGCCCUGCCCCGGUUCGUAUCGUGCUGCAUCCGGUCACGACGGUUGUUAAUGAGAGCCAGCCGGUAGUGUUUAACUGUGGCUUCCGGAUAACAGCGGGCAACGACAGCAGUGGCGGAGGGUUCGUGCUGCGGUGGCGGAAAGAUGGCAAAGUGAUCCGCCGGUGGGACAAUAUGGCGGAGACUACCACGGUGACGAUGGACGACAUGGUUACCAUGUCCGGAGCUACGGAGAGCAGCUCCAUGUUCCGGGAUGACGCUCGCAUUCACGUGGACCGUACGAAUGGGUCGCUUGUGUUUGGAUCGGUUGUGGCCAGCGACGAAGGAACUUACGACUGUCAGAUAACGAACAAUGCCAGUGACUUUCUGGUCAGCUCAACGGCAGCGGAAUUACAAAUCAUUUCAAACCUUCGCUUCACACCGAAACCACCAACGACUAAAAAUAUCGAGCUGGGUUCCGUUGCCAAAAUCCACUGCAAGGCGCAAGGCACACCGACCCCAACGGUGCACUGGACGGUAGUGACAGAGACCGGUCCUUCGGGCUUGCCGGACUCGAUUGACGACGUGAACGGUACGCUGGUGUUCCGUAACGUGUCCGCGGAACAUCGCGGAAACUAUGCGUGUGUCGCAUCGAACAGUCAGGGUGAGAUACGGACAAGCGUGUCGGUGAGUGUGGUGAUUGCACCGAAGUUUGAGAUUGCCCCCGAAGGUUCGGUACAGGUCGCGGAGCUCGGUACGGUACAGUUCCACUGCGUUGCUACCGGUGACCCAAAGCCAACCAUCCAGUGGGACAAAGACCUCCAAUACCUCCAUGGACGGGUGGGCAAUGCGAAUGGGAGCGAGGAAGAACGGUAUCGUAUCCUGGAGAAUGGCACACUCGUACUGACGGAGGUACACCUGGAAGAUGAUGGACGGUAUGGUUGUACCAUCGGCAAUAGUGCUGGUUUGAAACGGGAAGAGGUUCAUUUGAUCGUUAAACCGUCCGAUGGGAUGGUCAUGCCGGAAGAGUCAACGGAAGAUGGAUUUCUUAUAACACGUGCCGUUCUUAUCACUAUGUCAGUUGCUUUUGCGUACAUCAUUCUUGUAGUGGGUCUUAUGAUUUGGUGCCGUCAUCGUCGGGCAGCUCGUAAAGCUCGUCUGAAUUUGGGUUCGUCCAAGGAAAAUGGGGGCGAUGUCGAUCUGAAGAACUGCGAAAUUGAACCGUGUCUCCCGGACAAAACGUCUGCGGCUGGUGCUGAGAAUGGUGGAGUUGGUGCAAACUCCGGUCGUUCGAGAAGCAAGCAGAAGAACGGAUCCGCCGGUGGAAAGGAUCCAUCGACGAACUGUCCCGACAAUGGACAGGACAAGAGUGAUGAUACGGUUAAUUCGAGCAAGUCGAAGAAAUCCUCCGGUUCGGGAUCGUUGCUGGAACAGCUAGCUGUACCACGGUCGGCGGUCGUCGACCUGUUGCAGAUCGGCAAAUGUGAUUUCGGUGACGUGUACAUUGGGAAGAUGCGUGAGAAUGACUGCCGGUUGCCACCGCCCAAAGAAAGUGCCACACAGGAACCGAUCACUGGAGACGAGGUAGGCCCAUCCAGUACGGAACUAACAACGGAGAAUGAACGCAAAAGUCCUGUGACGAAACGGCCGUCAAAUGAGGAACUGAAUGCAAUUCGGCCAGAGAACGACUAUAAGCCAGUCAUGGUGAAGGCACUGACGAAGGUGAAGGAUGAACACUGUUGCGCAGAGUUCCGCCGUCAGCUCGAACUGUUCCGCACGGUUUCGCAUAGGAAUGUGGUACAGCUGUUUGGUUUAUGUCGGGAUAAAGAUCCACAUUAUCUCCUGCUGGAGUACACUGACUGGGGAGACUUAAAGCAAUUCCUGUUGGCUACGUCGCCGGUUUUACCACCGAACGGAACCGUCGACAACAAGAAGGAUGGCGCCUCGAAACCACCACCCCUCAACGUGCCACAGAUUCUGGCCCUAGCGCACCAAAUCGGACGCGGAAUGGACGCUAUCUAUAAGGCUCGCAUUAUACACAAGGAUCUGGCAACCAGAAACUGUAUCAUUAGCAGUGAUUUUUCGGCCAAAAUCUCCAUGCCCGCGUUGGCGCGCGAUAAGUACAGCAAGGAGUACUGCAAACAUCGAAACCAGCUAAUGCCGAUCCGUUGGAUGGCACCGGAAUGUUUCCAGGAGGAUGAUUACUCCAUCAAAAGUGACAUUUACUCGUUUGCGGUACUGGUGUGGGAACUGUUCACGAAUGCAAUCGAGAUGCCAUUUAAGGAGCAAACGGACGAACAGAUAAUUACCGCAGCCCAGACGGGCAAGUUGGAGUGGAAGGUGGCAGACAAAACGCCCGAGGCGCUACACAAGGUGUUGACAUCCUGCUGGUCGGCAAACCCGAAAGAACGACCAUCGUUCAGCCAACUCGUCGUAGCCAUUGGGAACUGCCUGCAGAGCGAAUAUCCGAAGGAACCCACGGAAUAAGUAACGUUGGUGUGCCACCCAACCGGUGUCCAUUUAUCGAAUCAUCAUCUUAUACAACGAGGUAUUAUUCAAAUGCAUCUCUUUUUUGUACUAUAUACAUAUACUACCGUAACGUAUGAUACAUUAUGGAAGCAAUUCGCUAGAACAACAGUUUGAGGGAACAGUUUGAUUAGGAGGCGACAAAACUUUUAUGUGGGAAUGGGAAGGUGUGAUGGUAAAAGAUAUUCGUCCGACGUUUUUCUUCCAUUACAUUUGAUACAAACGAGCAGCCACAGAUAAGGAGCGUGCGUGAACGAAUAGCAUAAGAAGUGUAGGUUUAGGUUAGGAGGUAUUUAGUGGAAAUAUUUAUACACAUACAAUUUGUCGCUCCGCACUCUCAAGAGAAUGGCCAAUCGGUUCGAAACGCUGACGGGUUCUAGGAAUCCGGCCAAAGGACAAAGCACAUUUCUCGACACUGAAACUCUACUGCCAGUUCAAAUCACUGCCGCCGAACUGUGAACGACAAAACGGAAGGUCUGAAGGUAUGCAAAGUAUGAUCGAACCAACGCACGAAACUCAUUACACAGUACAGUAUACAUUACGCAAUCGUUUAUCAUCUAUCACGUAUCUUAACGUAUAGCCAUUAUUGUUCGCUUUUUGAACGUACAGAUAUACAGCAGAAUAUGGUGGCGGUAUGUGUAUUACUUCUGCUCUCGCGUCAUAACUUGAACAGGUUCGUGUGUUAGAUCCGUAGCGCCUGAAUGCAUGUAAUGUGCCUAUAUUUGUCAAAAGGAUAUUGCAGACCUGUAGGCGCACGGCAUCCGAGACUCAAACCACUGUGGGGGGAAGUAAUACGCUGGCGCCUAGUUAAGUCCUCCUCCAAAUAUCGCUAUCAGGUGUUUUUGCUUACCAAUUAUGGUAACGGUACGGAAAAACCUCCAUUUAUUAAAGUACGCUUCACACCGUGGGGACACCAGAACACUUAGAGCCAAGCACAAGUUUAUACUCAUAAUAUACUUACCACAAAACCAGAUAUAUCAUACCUUUCAUGCAGUCAACAUAGAGACAGACCAGCUUAAGGGAAGAUUCCGCUUUGAUCGUAUGCUUUAUCGUGCGCUAUAGCUAUGCGCGAUUAGAGAUAUUUCUCGUUUAAAACACUAACCAAGCGAGGCGCUUGAGCAUUGGCGCGUAAAGUGAAAUACCAGCAUUGCAUUCAUUACAUGUAGAAGUAACCCCUACUCGGUCCACCCCGUUUUUGCGGCAAGGGACGUUCGAUUUUUGUCCGUUUCUGGUUUGCUUGCGGAUUUCAGUUUGGCAGUUUGGCACUGUUGGGAAAGCAUGGCAACGCAUUCAUAUAUUCUCAUUUGUAUAUAAAUAAUAUUGUUAGCAACGCGUCGAGAUAGUCCGCCAAGGGCAAAGGGGCUCGGCAGUUGAAUUAUUAGGUGCACAAGUAAGAUACUGGCUCUGUUCAUACUCUUUAUCUCUAUCUGCUAAAAGGGAUAAAGGUUUCUUUCCAUCUUUGGGUUGGAAUGUUUGUGCAGGCCUUUUGCUGGCAGCAGAUCGAUAUUAUCUUCUUUUGCAGGCUAUCCAGAUACAGAUAUGUAAAGAAGGAUAUCGAUUUUGUUUACUCUGACCCAUCACUGCGAUAUUGCCGUGUCGCGAAACUCGUCUCAAGGCAUAAGGACGGUUUGUUUGGAUCUUCAACUAUCUAGUGUAUCAAGCAGAUUAGAUCCUUUGGUAACAUGCCGUGGCUAAAUGUUUACACAGUCACAGUGUCACGUAUAACCUCUAGACUGGUCCGCUGAUAGCGCCACUUGUAGGCAGAAAAUCCAAUAUCUGAACAUAGGUACACUCUCAUGACCAUAAUUUGUACUGCGAGAUCACUGCAUAACCCGAUUCUAAAUGAAAUAGAACAGUUUCUCAGCUGUGUGCACCUAAUAAAUUCGGAUUUCUUAUUAUCGGUAUAAUAUUGUUUACUUAAGUCGAGUUAUUAUUGCAACGCUCUAGAGCACCCGUUGCGAAUAAGUUAAAACGAGUUUGAAAUGAAAAUUGUAAGGAGAAAAACGGUUUUAUGUCCAAAAUCUAGUCAUUUGCAACACAAUUUUUCUUACCCUAUUUUCCUGUUGCACUCUACAUUAAAGCACAAUUCGUACCGUAUGCCAUAUGAGCUAGAUUUAAAAAUGGUUUCAAUGCAAAUGACCGACCACGUGCGCAGCUAUCAGUUACAGGAUAUACAGAUUCUGUCAGAUAAAUACCACCACAAGACACCAUAAGACUUGUUUUCGUAGGGGUUGAUUGCGCAAUUUAGCAAGAAAAUAAUUUAAUAUUACGAUACAACUAUGUACCGAUGUAUUAGGCUAGUUAGCAGAGGAGGCGUGUGCGCAGUAACAUUGGUUUAACUCCCUUUUCAAUGCAAAAACACUCCUAACUCAAGGCAGAGGAGCGUAAGGACAUGUUGUAAUCAAAGGAAGAAAGAAAGGAAGACACAACAGCAAUGUGGACGCGUGAGGGAGGUUGGCUUUUCUUUCUUUAUCGUGUUAUUAAGAGAAGGCAGAAGAAGAACAAGCUCUAAGCAUUGGUAAAAAAGCCCGCAAAUCGUGAUGUGAAAACU